AUGUACAACUACCAAAUCGAGAAAGCGCCUUGUCCAAGAUCAGCACUCCAUGUUUACAACUCAGUCAGCUAUCAUCCGUAUUCUUUUAGAUACUCAGAUUCUGUCAAAUUUGGCCAGUGGAAGAUGCUUCAAGGUAACAAACACAAAGAGCAGCAUCCAAAACACCCCGCCUGUCGGAUACAGCCUAGGAGGCAGUGCCGAGUCCUCCCACGGUCUGCGGGCUCUGCCAGAAACCAGGCAUUUUCAGUGGCAGAAACAUUACUUGUGGAAAAGCAACACACUUACCUGAGCACAUUCAACAAUCAGUUUGUCACUUUUGUUCCUGAGGAAGGAGUUAAUGGCAUCUAUGUUGGAGAUUCCGGAAAAGUCCCAGAGAAAAGUAAAACAUUUUCUUUUAUCAGUAAAAAUGUGAUGGUUAUUGACAAGGUGUUCCUCUAUCGCUAUGCUUCUUCAAUCCCUGAAGAUACAUCAGGUGAAGGUUGGAAGUACGAGGUAAAACUGAGGCUCAAAGAAAACGAAAACUUCUGGCUGCAUUGCAACAAGCAGAAUCAAGCCGUGGAAAUUAAAAAAUUUGAAGAAUCCGAAAGGUUACCAGAACAGACCUCCUUUCUCCUUCAUUACAAGACCUCAGAGUACGUCUCAUUUGAGUGUAAGAGCAAUCGUGGAACAUUUAUUGCCGUCAGUGGUGACCACCUCCAGUUGGUUCAACCAAAUGGCCUUACUGAAGAAAAAACGCUGUUUAAGCUAGCUCCAUCACAGUGUUUAAAUGUAUUGGAAAUCAGUGGGUCCUAG